CGUGUUUUAGCGUAAUAUGAGGCAAAGAAGCACAAUUUAUAAUUCCAAUAUUAUACAAUUUUACUGCUGAUUUGAAUUUUGUUCUUAGAACGUAAUAUUGAUCAACCUUUUUUGAGAUUUCUCUUUUUCUCUGUUGAAGUAGAUAGGAACUGGACAGCAUGACUGGAAAUAGCCUCCCAAGAGUGUUCCAAACAUGACCGACAGUGGACUGACUUGCUAGAGAGACUUUGGUUACGCUUCCUCAGCGGAUGUUUUUGUCUGACUAUGAAUCAGAAUCUCUGGUAAAGAGCUGCUAGACUGUAACCCAGGAAAAGACGUUCAGUUAGCGAUAUGCCCAUGCUUUUUACCAGACAAUACCGUAUACGGUGAAAUCCAUCUGUGUUUGUGGAGGUGGAGCUGUGAUAGAGCAUAAUGGGUGCGCUGGGGAAUGGUCGACGCGGAGGUCGCGCUCCAUCUUUGCUGGUGGCUGCACUCAUCGCCUGCAUCCUCCUACUCGGCUUCAACUAUUGGGUCUCAAACUCCAGAACUGUGGAGCUGCAGAGUAAGCUAUUGGACAUGAAGGAUCGUAUAAGGCUGUUGGAUGCAGACAGAGAACGAGAGCAGCAGAGCAAGAUAAAUGCUGAGGAGGAGACACGCAGAAUAAAACAACAGCUGGAUGUAGUGGAGAACACAUACCGCGAACAACAGGAGAGCACACUCAACACCUGGAAAAAAGAAAAGGAGAAUCUAAAACUCAACAUUUCCUCCGGUGCUAAAACAGUACAGGACAUGAAGAAUCAUAUGAAGUCAUUACUGGAGGAUCUCAGUAAGAUGCAGAGUGCGCUGAAGUCCUGUAAAAGUGACUUUGAUGCACUCAAUAAAAAAGCCACCAAAGACCUGACUCAGUGUGACAAACAAAUCGUGGCCAUGAAAGAUGAAUGCGUUCAGGAAGUCGCAGCUGCCAAACGGGAAAAUCAAAAGAAGCCUGAAAAGGAAUCUCUUCCUGAAGUGCCACAGAAUGCUGCUGGUGUAAAGUCACAGAAAGUCUCUGAUUCAGAAGCCAAAUCUGAGGUUCCUGCCACAAACCAUUCAAAUAAAAGUGUUGCAGAACCUUCAAACGCCAAGCCCAAUGUGAACUCUCAUCCCAAAAACGAUGCUCAGCUCCAAAACAAGACAGUAGUGGAGAAAGACAAGAAAGAUGCUGCGUUUUUAAAACAGUCUCAUACGCUCACCUCCAAACCAACCAAUAAGAAUGAGACGGUCAACAAACCAGCCAAUGAAGAAGUUCCAAAAGUGGUGAAGGAUAUUAAAGGAGAAUCCUCAAAGGCAACAGGUGGGGAGAAGGAUGAAGAUACUCUGCUGGAUGAAGAAGGAAUUAUGGAUGCAAAAGAAGAUGAAAUCGGAUUUGGGAUUGAGGACGGGAUGGAGGAAGACGUUGGAAUGGCAGAGAGGAGGGAGGAAGAUGCUGGAAUGGCAGAGAGGAGGGAGGAAGAUGCUGGAAUUGGGGAGGGGAAGGAGGAAGACGCCAUUAUGUACGACAACGAGGGCGAGAUAGAGAAACAGCUCUCUAAGAUUAAAGAUGAAAAUCAAGGUGGUGGACAGGAUAUGGAGGACGAUUUAGCUAAUUAUAAUGGUGAUGACGACAACCAGCCUGAGUCUGAGGAUGACAAACAAGCCGAACUCGCAGGGAUGUAACAAACACACGCUACUGCUCACAUGAUGUGCCUGCUGAAGCCUGUCUCAUCACAGUGCCACAAACAUUUCUACGAUGGGAGAAACAUCUUUUUUACUUUUAAUGAUCAUUUUGUGCUGGGUGAAUAUUGCACUUGUGAGUAAUGAAGGAUUUGCACCACACAGAAUUCAUCUCAACAGACACUCUCGUACAUCUUACCAAGAUAGGCAUGGUAAAACAUUAUUUUACUAGUACUGAAUUUGCUAUUAAACUUGAAUGGAAUGACCAUCGAUAUUAUCAAGCCUUAAAUAAAUCCUUAGUUCUUGUACAUAAACAGCAUUGCGAAGCUAUUCUAAUACAAAAUUGGACUACUUUAACUUUCGAUUGCUUUUGAUUUUCAAGACUAGACAUUUCAAAUGCUAAAAAAAAACCUCACACAUAGGAGUGUUUGAUGGUUAAAUAGGAAAUUCCAGUCUUAUAUUUGCUGUAAAUGUUUCUGAAUUUUAUUUUCAUUUUUUAUUGCUUUAGAACUUACAUUAUAAUUUAUUCACAUUUCUUUUUAUUAUACAAGUUGAUAUAAAGUUAGUAUAAAUGUUCUUUGCAGAACACAAAUGAAGAAGAAUAUUUCAGCUCUGUUGGUCCUCACAAUGCAAGUGAAUGGUGACUAAAAUUUUGAAGCUCAAAAAAGCACAUACAGGCAGCAAAAAAAUAAUCCAUAAUACUCCAGAGGUUUAAUCCAUAUCUUUAUUAGUGAUAUGAGAGGUGUGUGGGAAACAGAUCAAUACUUAAAUCCUUUUUACUACCUAUCUCCACCUUUGACCAGCCCGACCAGUGGGCGGCUGAAUAUGGAAGUGAAAGUGUAGAUAUAUAGUUAAUAAAGACUUAAAUAUUGCUCUGUUUCACACCCACACCUGUCAUGUCGCUUCUGAAGACAAGGAUUUAACCACUGGAGUAGUAGGGAGUACUUUUAUGCUACCUUUGUGCUUUUUUCUAGCCACAUUUGCAUUGUGAGGACCAACCGAGCUGAAAUAUUUAAAAAAAAAUCUUUGUUUGUUUUCAGCAGAAGAAAGUAAGUAACACAUCUGGGAUGACAUAAGGGUGAGUAAAUGAUGAGAGAAUUUUCACUUUUGGAUGAACUAUUCCUGAGUGAAGUGAAGCAGAGUGCAACCAUGAAGAUUUCAAACAUGUUCAAAUAUGUAAGUUACACUGUUGUCACAUGACCUAACUCCUUUGCAUUCAAGUAAGUAAUAUCCAGUUUUCAUCUGAGAUACGGUUAUUUAGCAUUUGUAAUCCGAAUUUUUAUUAUUGUAUUUUCAUUUUUUCAUAUUAAAAACUGGAAUAUUUUUUAAGAUAUGGAUUUCAUAUUGAUUUUGUGAUCUAAUAAAAUUUUUA